GGAGUUUCGGUGGAAGCAGUGGACCCGGUGUUUCAAGCCAAGAUGCUUGAUAUGUUGAGGCAAACUGGACGGCCUGAAAUGGUUGUUGGCUGGUACCACUCACAUCCCGGAUUUGGAUGCUGGCUCUCCGGCGUCGAUAUUAAUACGCAGCAGAGCUUUGAAGCUCUUUCUGAUCGCGCAGUUGCUGUUGUCGUUGAUCCGAUUCAGUCCGUCAAGGGCAAGGUUGUUAUCGAUGCUUUCCGGACAAUUAAUCCGCAAUCAAUAGCUUUGAAUCAGGAGCCACGACAAACCACCUCAAAUCUCGGACAUCUACAAAAGCCCUCCAUCCAGGCGCUGAUCCAUGGCCUCAACCGGCACUAUUAUUCAAUACCAAUCAACUACAGAACACAUGAACUGGAACAAAAGAUGCUGUUGAAUCUGAAUAAGCAGACUUGGAUGGAUUCGCUUGGCUUGGAACGAUUCAGCCAACAUUGCGAGAAGAAUCAAGCAUCCAUGCAAAACAUAUUAAAAUUAGCGAAACUUUACAAAAAGGCUUUUUUCAAUCACUUUCACAGCAAGAAAAUCGUUUCUUUUUCUCUCUUUCUCUCCCUAUUUCUUCAUCAGGAUUUAGAGGAACAAGAAAAAAUGACAGAGGAACAGCUAGCAAUAAAAAAUGUCGGAAAGCAAGACCCAAAACGGCAUCUUGGCGAAACAGUGAACGAAAUGCUCGCCGAUAAUAUUGUGCAAAGUCUUGCAUCCAUGCUCGACACGUCAUCAUUUCAAUGA